CUGCGCGCACCAUGCAGCCGCUCGCUACAUUCACUCGCGCGCCGCAGUGGAAGGAACCCGGUCUGCUACGCACCGAACUUACCGCCGUGUAUGUCUUGCUCGUGAGCCUGAUAGUCCGGACAACCGUUGGGAUAUUUUUGUGCUUCCGUGGAAACCUAUAAGAAUUUAACUGGAUCUACCAAUGGGGGUAUGCUGUGCAACGAGUAGUUUUCGCAACUUUUCGGAUAACUUUUUUUGAUUCGUUUGGUUUGUUUGGACACCGAGGAUACUUGAAAACAUGCCGGAGCGUAUCAGCAUUUCGGAAUUUAUCUUGCUCACGAACGAGGACCUGGCUUCGCCGGCUACCUCGAGUUUUCAGACCAAAAUGAGCGACUGUCGGAACACCGUGAUUGCGCUGGAGGAGUCCCUGGAAAUGGACCAGAACACGCUGCAGAGGAUGAAGAAGAUGGUGAAGGCCAUACACAACUCUGGGCUCACUCACGUGGAGAAUAAGGAUCACUACAUCGAGAUCUUGGAGAACCUGGGGAACAGUCACCUGACGCAGGACAACCACGAGGUCUCGACCGGCUUCCUCAACCUGGCGGUGUUCACCCGGGAGGUGACCGCGCUCUUCAAAACCCUGGUCCAGAACCUGAACAACAUCAUCUCCUUUCCCCUGGAGAGCGUCCUGAAGGCGGACCUGAGGGACGGGAGACAGGAGCUGAAGAAGCAGAUGGAGAAGAGCUGGAAGGACUACGACGUCAAAGUGGGGAAGUUGGAGAAAGAGCGCAGGGAGAAGAGCAGGCAGCAGGGCCUGAUGAGGGCGGAUUCGGGGGACGUGACGGACGACAUGGAGAGAGAGCGGAGGACCUUCCAGCUGCAGAUGUGCGAGGUGGGGGUUGAGGGGGCGUGGUCAGGAGAGAAGAAGGGGUGGAGCCAAUGGAAGAGGAGGGGAUGGAGUCUGCGGGGAAGGGUGGGGUCAUGGGAGAAGAGGGGGAGGGAAGAACAUUUUUGUGUGUGUGUGUGCAGCUCGGACAAGACCACCUCGUACCGACGGACCAGCAGCGGCGGGCAGGGGAAGUGCGCCGUGACAUCAUCAACCUGCGCCCCGGCAUCGCCGGCGAUCGCGGGGAGCCAGGAGGACCUGUACAGCAGCCUGGCGGAGAAUGCCCCGCCCGCAGCCCCGCCCGCGUCCUCGCCCGUCGUCGCUCCUAUGCCCCGCCCACGCCGGAACGCCAUGUCACAGACGAAGCCGCGGCGGAAGCGGGUUCAGGCGCUGGUGGACUGCCGGACCACCGGCGGCGAGCAGCUGGCCUUCUUCAAGAACGAGGUCAUCGUAGUGACGAGCAUGGAGGACUCCCAUUGGUGGGUGGGCCACAUUGAAGGCGAUGCGUCCAGGUGCGGGUCCUUCCCCGUCAACUACGUGCACAAGCUCCCCGACUGACCGCGGUGGGGGGGAGGGGACAAGGGACACGGGCCGGGCCGGGCCGACCCAGCAGAACCACCUCCCCUCUCCAGGUACGCUCCUCCGGACCCAAGAACCCCACACCUGCCUGACGAACGGGACCGGAAAACACCACGUCUUCAAAGCUACUCACUCGAAGACAGAGGAGGGGAAUAAAGACCAUGUACAGCUUUCGAUGCCUGUUUUUGGAACCACUUUGUCACGGUGUAUAUAAACUUUAUAAAAAUAUUUUUUUGUAUAUAAACUCCUGAACGGCACAGCCCCUCUGGAGUCGAACCUGCAACCCCCCAGCACUACGGCCAGGAUGGGCCUCCUGCCACCAAGCUAACGGACUGGACCUCUCGGGAGGACUUGACAGCAUGUGAUGCUGAUGACCACAACAACUUUGUUCUUAUUUGUAUUACUAUUGUCGCUAUUUUAUUAAUAUUUUUAUGAAAAAUUGGAACGGGAAAGACUUGCGUUGAGGGAGAGCGCAGGUUGUGUAACAGGUUGUCGCUCCGCUCUCCUUCACUGAAACCGCUAAUUCUCUUCGGUGACAUUGCUUUACGGUCACUUGGCGGAUGAUUUUCAUCGUAUCAUAGCAACAAGGCGGUCGGCUCCGUUCUUCCUUCCGUGUCCUCACUCCCUCGUCCUGAGGUAUCCGGCGAGUAAGAGGCGUUCCCCGUGCUCUGUUACAGUUUUAUGGAUGUUUACGAGGAGGACGUCCGCUGCACGACGGGAAAGUCUCUGGUUCAAUGGCACGUUCAGAGACUGAACUCGCAGCACUUAACAACGCGGAGCUGGCCGCCUGCAGAACCCUGUUCUGAUACGCUGCAGUGCAUUCUGGGAACGGAAGGACAAGCUCCCGCUUGAUCGUAUUGUCAUGUGACCCCGGGGACCCGUUGCAUUCUGGGAAGGGCCCGCGUGGCCUUGCGGAGGGAAUUGCGCCUUAUCGUUGACAAGCUGGAGAAGAGGUCGAUUAGAGGUCACUGUGGCGCUGAGAUGAGAGACUGCAGAGGAUUCUGGGAGGAAAGGGAAGCGUUCAGAGACGCACGUUUGCCAAGUAGCGGCUAAGGAGAAAAAAACGGGCCCAGAGUUUCAGCGUAAAGUGCACAUUUUCGUCUUACAUGUGAAAUAAAAUGACCUUUUGACGUUCAUUUAACACGCAGCUAUGAAGUAUUUUUCGUGCCGGAACAUUAUAGAAAUUCCAAAAAUAGGGGAAAAAAAACGAUUUAAAAAUGCAAAUGCCAUUUAUCAGAUGCUCUUAUUGACAGAAACUAAGUAUCGAAGUAAUUCAGGUGUUUUGCCUCGCUCCAGGGUACAAUGCCUCACCUGAGAAACUAGCAGCUGCUGCAGCAAGCCCUCUUUCCCAGCAAUCAUACCAACACGCCCAUAUGGAAGUUCACAAUUUGCAGUUAAUUCAGCCAGUCGGGUCUGGACCAGGGGGAAGUCCUUUAGCCAGUCAGAUUUGGACCAGAGAUACUGUUUCAGCCAAUCAGGUUUGGACCAGAGGAAAGCACCAGUGUAAAUCAGAUUCUAAUUGGUAGGUUUAAACACGUUGUUAUUGCGGUAGUUGGUUUUAGAGACUUUUUUUCCCCCAUUCCCACAGUUCCCCUUGUACUGGUGUAAAUCUAAAUAGAACACUGCAUUAACUUGAAUAUCAGCAGUCGUAUUUGUGCGGUUUUGUACAGUUUGUAUAUUAUUAUUAUGUUAUCUUUUUUUUUGGCUGAUAUCAUCUGCAAUGUCAAUGGAUUUUAUUUUCUGAAGUGAUCAUUAAAGAAGUUCCUUUUACUCCUAAUCUUAA